AUAAAUCAUGUGGCAAUAAGUGACAUAUCAGGUCACUUUAGCUUCCAGCACAAUCCGUUCUAUGCAUAAAUGAGCUAGGUGCUUCAACAUAAUUCCGACAUUACAUGCUGUGCAUCUCACUUCAUUAUUACCUUUUUGGAGAUUAAUCAAAUUCAGUUACUUGUAUUCAUUUGUUCAGGUUACUUAUUAUAAGACCGAGGUUCUACCACUUUUGAAGCAGCACAAAGUAAUCUAUUUAACCCAUACUGAUUCUCGGCUUGCUAAAAACGAGAUCCCAAGUUCCAUACAGAAGCUCAGGUGCCGUGUAAAUUACGAGGCAUUAAAAUAUGCGGCUCCAAUAGAAGCCCAUGGAAACUCCUUGGUUUCUAGAAUGCGACAGAAUGGAAGUCCAUAUCUUGCUCUCCAUUUGAGGUAUGAGAAGGAUAUGCUCGCAUUUACAGGAUGCAGUCAUAAUUUGACUGUAGAAGAAGAUGAGGAGCUACGGAGGAUGCGGUAUGAAGUCAGCCACUGGAAGGAGAAAGAGAUUAAUGGGACAGAAAGAAGGUUGCUUGGUGGCUGCCCAUUGACUACUAGGGAGACAUCUCUUUUUGAAAGGUUAGAAAUAGAGUCUUCUUCGGUAUUGAAAUGCCGGGUUGUCUAUGAUGGAGAAUGAGAUGUAUGGACUGUUGAUUGUUAUAGUACUCUUAACAAAUGAACAGAACUUCAUGAGAUUUAGAAAAAUAACUGUUGUUGCCCAUAAGAUAACAUAAGAGGAUCAAUUAUUCUGACAUACAUAUCUCAUUGGAAUCUAGAUGACAUCCAAAUACAUAUUCAAGGCUUUGGCACCUCAUUUCUCAUAAAGAAAUCCAAGCAUAGCACCCUUUGAACUUACUUGCUCGAAGUCUAUAUUUCAUCUUUCUAGUUGUAUUAUACUAGUAUUUUUUUACAUUUUAACCAACAGACCCUGUAGACCUUGCUUCUAGCUACUCUGCCGUUAUG